AUGCUGCAGCACUCGACGAAGACGCUAUUGCGGCGCACGGCCUCGCGCCACGCGUCGUCGAUCACGGCCGUCCACGGCCGCCAGAUCAUUGAUUCCAGAGGUAAUCCUACUGUGGAGGUCGACAUCACGACCACGGACGGUCUGUUCCGCGCGUCGUGCCCUUCCGGGGCGUCGACCGGCGCGUAUGAAGCUGUGGAACUCAGAGACGGCGGCUCGACCUACAUGGGCAAGGGCGUGCUGGGGGCCGUGAAGAACGUCAACGAAGUCUUGGGACCCGCGAUGAUCGGCAUGGACCCCACGCAGCAGGAGGCCAUCGACGAGAAGAUGUUCGCAUUAGAUGGCACGCCCAACAAAGGUAAGAUGGGCGCCAACGCCAUUCUUGGGAUUAGUCUAGCUGCCUCCAAAGCGGGCGCGGGGGCCAAAAAAGUACCUCUGUACCAGCACUACGCUGACUUAGCUGGGAAUUCCGUCACGCCCAUGACGUUGCCCGUGCCCUGCUUCAACGUCAUCAACGGCGGCGAGCACGCGGGCAACAAAUUAGCCUUCCAGGAAUUCUUCGUGAUUCCGACUGGUGCUCAAAGCUUCUCCCACGCCAUGGCCAUCGGCUGCGAGGUCUUCCACAACUUGAAGGCCGUCAUCAAGGCCAAAUUUGGCGGCGAUGCGACGCUGAUUGGUGAUGAGGGUGGGUUUGCCCCGCCCUGUUCCGUGGACUCUGGAUUAGAAAUGCUCAUGGAGGCCAUCGACAAGGCGGGCCACUCGGGCGUGUGCACCGUCGGGUUGGACGUGGCGUCGUCGGAGUUCAAGGUCGAGGGCGAGAACGCCUACGACCUCGACUUCAAGACCUCUGGCGCGGACAAGGACACUUCAUUAAAGCUAUCCGGAGACGACAUGCUCGCCUUCUACCAGAAGAUCAGCAACGACUACCCCAUCGUGACCAUCGAGGACCCCUUCGAUCAAGAUGAUUGGGAUAACUGGACGAAGAUCACCGCGGCGCUCGGCGACAAGGUCCAGAUCGUCGGCGACGACCUGACCGUGACGAACCCGUCGAUCAUCGCCAAGGCCAUCGACCAGAAGGCCUGCAACUGUUUGUUGCUCAAGGUGAACCAGAUCGGCUCGAUCACGGAGUCGAUCCGCGCCGUCCAGGACGCGAAGCGCGCGGGCUGGGGCGUCAUGACCUCCCAUAGGUCGGGAGAGACGGAAGACGACUACAUUGCUGAUUUAGCGGUCGGUUUAUGUACCGGCGAGAUCAAGACGGGCGCGCCGUGCCGCGGCGAGCGCACGGCCAAGUACAACCAGCUCCUCCGCAUCGACGAGUCGCUGUCCAACCCCGUCUACGCGGGCGCCGGCUUCCGCACGCCGAACUGGAUGGCCUGAGCGCUGAACGAAGAUUAGCCCCCCUUCCCCCCGUCGCCCCCCAUCGUGUAGAAACUUACUAACAAUUCAACUCGAAAAAGUAACUCGGCGGGGUCGUUCAAUCUUGGGUGGCGUCGUCGUCGUCGCCCCGCUUGAUCUCGACCUCAAACGUGCCGUCGCGCUCGGUGAAGAUGAUGGAUGCACCGGUCCCGUGCACGUCGGCAAAUUGCAUCGCGCCAGUCUGCAGUAAAUCCAUCGCUUGCUGGACGCGCUUCGCGACGCUCUUCUCGGCGGGCGUCUGGCGCGUGCGCUUGCUCGUGAGGGGCGGCGGCGGUGGCGCCGCGGGCUUGCGCUUGCGGCGCUUCUUCGGCGGCCGAGGCGGCGGCGCCGGCAUCUCUUCGUCCGACCCUUCCGGGGGCAGAGGCGCGCCUAGAAGCGUCGCUAAGCGCGGCGGCGGCGCGCGCGGCGGCGCGGCGGCGGCGGCGGCGCGCGCCUCGGCCUUCUUCUUCUCGCGCUCGUACCUCGUCACGAUGGCCUUGCUCUGCGCGGCGUGCGUGCCAAAGAAGAUGUGAGCCUUCGCCUCGGAGUCGGUAGGGAGCCUGAGGUCCAUCUUGUCCUUGGACACGAGAAUUUGUUCCUCGUUCGCCGAGUGAUGCUCCUCGUCCUGGAAGAAGAAGAGCGUCAGAGCGCCCCGCCCCGCCAUGAGGUCGUCGACCACGCGGGGGUUGCCGCCCACCUUCUCGACCGGGAGGGGGUACGUCGCGCGCGCCGUCUUGCCGACGCGCAGGCCGAUGAGCCCGUGCGGCCAGUGCGUCGAACGCUCCUCGUGGCUCCGGCGAGGCGCCUCGACGUCGAGCGAAUGCGUGAAGAUGGUCACGGCGGCGGCCUUGCGGCGGUCGAAGCGAAUCUCCUUCACCUCCAUGCCGUUGGACACCACCGGCCCGCUGCUCCGCCGUUCCGGCGCGAUGUCGACCGCCUCGAGCUCCUGCCCACACAUCACUAUUUUCGGCCGCAGCGGCGCCACCGCGAGCUCUUUAUACUCCUCGGGCAAUUGAUCCGCGGCGCCCGAGCAGACCACGUACUGCCAACCCAGCGCGUGGCGCGCGUCCUGCCGGUAGGGAUACACGUCGUCCCUCGUCUUGCUUCGCUGGCCCUCGCUCUGCUUGAAGUAGAUCGUUUUGUCCGCCUGGCAAGGCACGACCCGCUUGUCGAGGUCGGACACGAUGAUGAUGAGGCCGUUCGCGCGCCGGUAUUUGUUCGCGAGGGCCACGAGCGCGUCCUUGGUGUCCGCGCAGCCGUAGGCGAGGAUGUUCUCCAAAUUGGCCUUGAUGAGGCGCUCGAAGAUCAAGCUCCCUUUGUUCCAGAGCUGGCCGUCUUCGUCCUCGACCACCUCCACGACCUUCUCCUCGUACCCCGACGGGUAGCGAAAGCUCGCGACGGGCAACAGGCACUCGCGCGUGUUCGACUCUAUCUGGAGUCUUUUCGAGAGCAGGCCGACGUGGAAGACCAGGCCCUGGUACGAGAUGACCGUGCACGUGUCGCCCAAUGAUAACACGGCGCGCGUGAAGGCCUGGCCGAACUUGCCCGUGAAGCGCUCGGACGCGUCGGUCCGCGUCGACGUGCGGUGGCCGCCCAGGGCGCCGAUGCCCGCCGCGUCGCAGCCGCAGCCGUCGUCGGCGAUGGUAAUUGUCGCGUCGUCACAGUCGAUGUCCACGCGCGUCGCGCCGGCGUCGCCCGCGUUGUCCACGAGUUCGGCCAGCGUCCCGUCGAGGCGCAUCUUGUCAACCGCCGCAUAGUGGGCGGAACCCAACCACGCGCGGCGGCAGUCCCCCGACGCCUUCGCGUCGCUCACCGCGGAGACGUCGUCGGCGUUUUCGGCAUGAUGUGAACCCAGGAGUUGGCGUGCGGCUUGGUCUACCGAGGAGGUCGCGCUCAUCUUGCCUUAGGUCCGUGGAGAGCGGGGCUGUGCUUCGUGCGCGGUGCGAUAGCCGACUCCAGGAGGCUGCCCGACGCAUCGAGCUCGGUGCGGAGAGCGCAGAUCACAGAGGGCCAACCCGAAACAUCUCCCGAAAAAAUGCCCCACGCCGUGAGCAACCGGACCGAUUAUAUGAGGGGAGUAUAGCCUUAGACUAUGUAUAGAGAAAUAUCCAGAGUUUGCGGACUUACGGGGACCCGCACCACAGGUACCAUACCUAUGGAUAGGUAUACAGUACAAGACCUACCAAGCAAAAACGCCAGGGAUCAUAUAUAUGCUGUAGUAGUGCAAGCAUCCGUGACAUGCCUCGCUUCGUCCAGCUCCGCACCAACGAAGCACUCAGCAACAGGCGGCACAAAUCAGUCCUACUAAAGGCCGCGGAGCAGCGCCUCCGCCCGCGCCUGAUCGUUGCCGCACUCGCGGUGCUCGCGUGCGCGUCGCUCGCCUGGUGGCACGCGCAAGCCGCGCCGAGGCCCGCGCCCUUCGCGCGCGACGCGGAACGCAUCGUGGCGGACGUCGACUGGUCCAAGGACGCGUGCCCGCGGACGUACGUCUACGCGCUGCCGCGGACGCUGUCGGACUGGGCCCCCGGCGACGCGGCGCCCGACGACGGCGUCGACGCGAACGCGAACCUCCUCGAGGUCUUGGUGGAGGCGCUCCAGAAACGCUGCUCCACCGAAUCCCCGGCGGACGCGGAGCUCUUCCUGAUACCGGUCCUGCCGCGGGCGAAGCACUGGAGCGACUGGAUGCGCCGCUGCGACAAGCUAGCGAAGCUCGGCGCGCGCGACUGGCGCCGCGCGCUGCCCCACCUUAACAUGGAGACGGUGCGGCGCCACGUUUUUGUUUUUCCUCGCGUGGCCUACGCGCCGCGCUGCGCGGGCUGGUGGGCCGCGCCGCUGGUCGUGCCCGAGUUCGCCGAGGUCGCGCGCGUGAGCGUCGGCGGUGUGCACGCGGCGUCCACACGUCGCCUCGAUGGCGUCACCGGCACGCCAUCGCCGCGGCCCGCGCAUCGAGGAACGCGCGUCGCCCGCGCAGGCUACGAGGAGUUCGCCGGCGCCUUCCAGCGCGCCAAGACGAAGCGCCUCUCGGCGCGCCAGCGCGCCCACCCCGAGGCGCUCGUCCCGCGCCUCGUGUCGGCGCCCUACGCGGCACGACAUUAUGGUGGAACGCCCGGCGCCGCGGCCCGGCGCUACCUCUGGGCCUACGCGGCGAUGCCGCACGGCUCGGAGAACGCCAAGAACCUGCGCCUGGCGCUGCAGCGGGCCUGCGCCGCUUCAAAUGAUUGCGCCGACGGCCGCCGCGGCGACGCCGCGCGCCACCAGCGCAACGCGACCUUCUGCGUCGAGCCGCCCGGCCUGACGCCGGGCCGCGCGUCGAUCGUGACCGCGUUGCUCGCGGGCUGCAUCCCCGUGCUCUUCGCGCCGGAGCAGGACCGGCUCUGGCCCCUCCACUGGGGCGGCUGGCGGGACGCGUCGCGCGUCAUGCUCGACAUGCGUCGCGCGACGGCGGAGCCCUCCUACGUCGGGGACGCGCUGCGGGCGAUUCCCGCGAGCGCCGUCGACGCCAUGCGCGCGACGAUUCAUAAACGGGCGGGCGCGUUCCGCUACAGCGCCGAAGAUGUCCGCGGCGACGCGGUCCACGUGUUGCUGCGCGGCGUCGCGGCCGCCGCCUAG